CUCUCUGGUUACAUCGCGAAUGUCGGCUGUGCGUUGGAAAUUUAAUUUUGGUUGUUAAGGAACAUCCGCUUUAAAGCAUAACCAAAGUGAUUGGUCGCGUUUCUUUUACGACUGUGCGCUAAAUAAGGCCAAAGACUUGCCAAAAAUCUAGCAGCUCGAAUCGUGCAAAGUGCUGAAAUGAGACAACUAGCUUUGCUCUGGGCUCUGCUGGCUGUGGUGACCGCGACUCAAGCAGCGCUGCAGCGCCCACCACAUGGCUACGACGAUGACAGCACGCCACUUCAGCUGAGUCUCGAGGAUCUGGAGCGCGAGCAGGAGCAGCGGCUCGAUCUCAAUCGUCUGCCACUGCUGCCCACGCACUACGAGUGGCAUCCCAGCGUGGCGGCCAGUGUGCCACCCAGCUACAUCCGCGACGCCGCCAAGCUGGAGCAGGUGGAGCGUCUGCGCCAGCUGCAGCAGCAGCAUCAGCAGCUGAGUGCUGGCUACGCAUUGCCCGACCAGCUCUCAGGUGGCUAUCUGCUGCUGAAAGAUGGCAAUGCAAUCUCAUCUACGUCAGCGUCGACGGCAGCAACGCCAACAACAACAGCCGCAACAAAGACGCAAACGCGAUUUCUACAACCCAUUGUGCCCUUUGAUCUGGACCUGCAGCUUCAGCUAAAUGGCGUGCAAUAUCUGAAUGGCAAUGCGCUGCCAGCUCCCACCACCACAGUGCUGCCACGCCCCAUACCCAGACCCGUACCACGUCCGCUGCGACCGCCCUACGCUUUCUUGCAGCAGCAGCAGCAGCAGCACCACCACCACCACCUGCCAGCACCGUCACUGCGUCCCAGCCUCAGUUCCCAUGGCGGCCCAGUGGCGCUGCCGCUGCUGCUGCCGCAGUCCAAGCAGUUCGCCUAUGCCCCCGUGGGCCAGCGCAAUUAUGCGCCCGGCACCCGCAUUCCGCUGCCCUAUCCGCCCAGCUUUGUCAGCAUUACGACGAGGCGGCCAGCGUCUGGGUACGCAGCCAGCUACUCGAAGCCCUUCCGGCCAUCGCAGCCAGAUCUGACCCCGGAUCUGUUCGCCGGACGUGACUCCAAGUCGCUGCUGGACUCCUACAUACCCAGCUGGGAGGUGCUGCGUCUGGUCCAACAGCACCAGACGCCGCGGCCAUUCCCGAGCCACACGCUGGCCUACGCUGUGCCCAUCCAGCGAGUCUUCAAGCGCGACUCCCAGCCAGAGACGGUGCCGGAGCGCAGCCGCAUUGUCAAGAAGUCCCUGGACAAGCAGCUGGCGCCGCAUUAG